ACACACACGCACCGUCUUUAGGCGAACAUGGCGGCAACUUGAUAACGGCAGCGAGAUGAAGACGGUGAGGGCUUGAAAAAGAAAAGAGGUCUGUGACAGGCUUUUAGGCCCAUCCGCCGACACAAAGGCAGACAGCUCCGCCAUGCUGGAAGAGGAAAGCGCCCUUGUCCCUGCACGACCGAGGCCGGGGAAAACGUAAACGCGUCGGUGAGUGUUUCUAAAAACGGAGUCGAGGCUACGCAGAGGAGCGGAGCGGCGCGGAGCUCAGGGCGGACGGGAGGACAGCGGCUUCACCGGUCAGCCAUGGAGGAUGCGGCCCGUGGUCGCCAGCGUCUAAUUUCCCAUCCAGCCCACGCUCAUUUUAAUGGGAAUUACCGCUGAUCGCAAAAGCAAGCCGGGACAACCCACCACCCGACACUUGAGGGGAGGAAAACGCGAAGCGGACCCCACGUCAAUGACUGUUGCGGCAGAGGAGCCCCCACGGUGGAGUCGGCCGGUUCCCAAAAUAUGACCAGGGGUGCUGGGACGUGUUGGCAGCAAGAAGAUGACGACGGCUUCCAAAUCUGGCUAGAGCCCCCCCGCGACAACCAAAAGCCAUUCACCGACUCAGAGAGGGCGCAGAGAUGGCGACUGUCCUUGGCAUCCCUCUUGUUCUUAACCAUCCUCCUCUCUGAUCACCUGUGGUUCUGCGCCGAGGCCACACUGGCCCUGACCCGGGAUAAGUUCGCAUCCUCCCACCUCCUGUCACCCCAGACCCACUCAGCACAGAGCAGCCUCAGAGGAAACCCAGAUGAUAUUUUUAUAGGAAACUCUACCAAACUGUGGCUUGAAACUUGCCACCAGGAUAGUUUAUCACAAAACUGCUUUACUUUCGCAGAUGCCGACCAUUUGUGCAGGGGCCUUUCCGACAAAGAGGGGACGCGGGCUGUAAAUAUGAGCGAUUUGUACCUUUCCUUUUGUAACUCCUACUCUCUGCUGGAUUUGUUUUACGGGUCGACAAGUCCGGACAAUUUGAACUGCAGCCUCGACGUGCUUGACGAUGGCGACACGACCAGAUGCAGCCUGUGCGUCCAGGCGUACCAGCGCUACGACCUGCACGCCCAAGAGAAAUACGAGGACUUUGAGCUCCUGACUCAGAAAUAUGAGCCGGGGGCAUAUUCAGUGAGGACGUGCAUGGAGCAGUGCAAGACGGCCUACAAGCCCUGGCUGUGUGCCCACUAUUUCCCUAACACCCUGCAGUCUUGUCCGAGGAAGGUACCAUGCCACCAGUACUGCCUGGAGGUCCAACAGAGCUGCCCGUUCAUUCUGCCUGAUAAUGAUGACCUGAUCCAUGGCGGCAGCCCCAGCUUCAUCUGCACAGGGCUCUUGGGAGAUCAUUCAUCAGACAGUGAGGCGGAGUGCUGCGAUGUCCGAUGGGACUCCAAAAUGGACAACCCUUCAGGCGGGACACUAAAAAGGACUGCUUCUUCCUGCCACCCGCAGGGGGCCUCAGUCACCUCUGCCGCCACCCCAAGACUGUGCAGCGGGCGACUGAAGAUCUGCCUGCUGGCCCUCGUCCUCCUACACACUGUCAUCAUCAUUUCAGCCUCCCAUAAUUCGACGUUGGUGGGCGUGGCUGCCAUUUUCUCACCAGAGGAGAGCGCGUCUAAUGAGGAGUGAACCUUGGGGUUGAAUCAAGGCUGAAGCUUGUAAAGAAUGAUGUCGCUCAAGAGGUUUAGUUUCCUUAUGGCUUUUACAAUGACAUGGCUGCCAGGGACACGUCUGGCGUGACACGCUGGAAAUGCCUCUACAAUCUGCCGCCAAUGAACCAUCAACCCCAGGAAGUGGGAGAGUUUUAACCGGAGCUAAGGGUGCUGGGACUGGACACUGAACGAACCGAGAUGUUUGAGAACCAACCCCCUAAAGAACUGACCUCUUGCCACUUGAAACCUGCUCAUUGUUUCUAUUCCAUCCAAAUGUUUUCUAGCAUAAUGUCCCUCCUCCUCCUCCUUUCCUUUCCUUUCCUUCCUUCCUCCCUCCCUUCCUCCCCUCCCAACUUGUUCCUGAUGUUUUAUUUUGGUGUGUGAAUGAAUGGCACGUCAGAGGAAAAAUGGACAUUGAUGAAGUAUGUGUUCUCGCUCAUCACCCAUUUUCAGUUUUUUGAUGCGUAUUUCAGGUGCCAGAAUGUUUUAACAUAUCAGCUGGGUUUCACUUCUACCCCUCCAUCCCUUAGACCGCACGGGCAUAUUCUUACUUCCUUGUCAUGUGAUGUUACUUGAGGGCCUGCUGGGACUAGCCAGAUGUCAUUCAUGUGGGUCAAAAUAUGUGAUUCUUAUAUUUUACUGUGUUCAGCUUUUUUUUUUUUGUCAAAUUAGACCUUUUCUCAACCCCCUACGACGGUACAUGCCUACAUAUUUUAGGACCUUAAGUGCUCUGAGACUGGCUCGCUCUCUCCCCUAACUUGUUGGGCCAUUGAGCAAGUUAGGAGGGGUGCAGGUGCAAAGGUAGUGACGGUUUAGCUUAUUUUGAUUUCAGGGUGUUGCAGGAGUUGAUGCUGAGUUCAGCUGUUUUGAGGGACGAGAUAAAAGUGUGUGGUUUCUAAAGAUUACCUCAUGUGGUAGUGGUGUAGAAAGGCAGCAGAGUUGUUGUACAUGAGACUGCAGGGACAUCCCAGUGGUGCACUCACUACCCACUGAACAGAAGACAGUUGAUUGAAGCCAAAACACCAGAUCUUCGAGUGCCUCUCUGCUGUGCGAAGUCCAGUGAGGCCAAUACUGGAGCAAUAGAGAAAAAAAAAAAGCCAGUGUUAGAGUCCUAAUUUCUGGCAUCUUUACUGGCUUGGCUUCGGUGUCAAAGAGCUGGUGCGAACGACCGGUCAACCAGCCAAUCAAACCAUCCGUCGACUCUUAAAUCACCCUUAGAUGAGCUGAUCAACCGCUAUCUUUCGCAGACUAGCAAAGGGCUGUGUUAGUGUCAGCAUGUGAGGAGUGUGAGGAGUUUUCAAGGGCUGAUCCAUCUGAUUUUAUUCUGUUUUUGCAUGGCUGCUCCUAGUAAGUGUACAUCCACACAUGGACGGGUCACACAGGGAUUAGGAAGAGCUUUGAUCCCCCCCCCCCUUUUUUUUUCCCCCUCUUUGACUAGGAAAGCACUGAUCUGGCACCAGAGGUUGGACAUAGAAAUUAAUAAAUAAAUGUAUCAGGGAGUUUACACUGAUAAUAAUGAGCCAUUUACCAAAAA